AUGGACAUUGGCCCUAUGGAGGAGGUCAUGGAGGUAGGGAGCUAUAUCAAGGAGGUCAUGGAGGGGGUCAUGGAGGUAGAGAGCUAUAUCAAGGAGGUCAUGGAGGGGGUCAUGGAGGUAGAGAGCUAUAUCAAGGAGGUCAUGGAGGGGGUCAUGGAGGUAGUGAACGAUAUCAAGGAGGUCAUGGAGGGGGACAUGGAGGGGGUCAUGGAGAGAGCUAUAUCAAGGAGGUCAUGGAGGGGGUCAGGAGGUAGUGAGCGAUAUCAAGGAGGUCAUGGAGGGGGACAUGGAGGGGGUCAUGGAGGUAGGUAUCUAAGUCAAGGAGGUCAUGGAGGUAGUGAGCGAUAUCAAGGAGGUCAUGGAGGGGGUCAUGGGGGUAGGGAGCUAUAUCAAGGAGGUCAUGGAGGGGGUCAUGGGGGUAGGGAGCUAUAUCAAGGAGGUCAUGGAGGGGGUCAUGGAGGUAGGGAUCUAAGUCAAGGAGGUCAUGGAGGUAGUGAGCGAUAUCAAGGAGGUCAUGGAGGGGGUCAUGGGGGUAGGGAGCUAUAUCAAGGAGGUCAUGGAGGGGGUCAUGGAGGUAGUGAGCGAUAUCAAGGAGGUCAUGGAGGGGGUCAUGGAGGGGGUCAUGGGGGUAGGAGCUAUAUCAAGGAGGUCAUGGAGGGGGUCAUGGAGGUAGUGAGCUAUAUCAAGGAGGUCAUGGAGGGGGUCAUGGAGGUAGGGAUCUAA